UUCCUUUUCAGUUUUAGAUCACGUCCUGAUGUCUGACGCCUAUUCGGGCCUCAUCCGCCGCUAUCAAGAAGCCGCGGAGCUCAUAGAUACCUAUACCAUUUAACAUGCCCGAAAGCUCCCGCGCCAUCGACACGCUCGAUCCUCCUACUAGCGAACAAGACUCGCCUUCCAGCCAGGUCAACCGACGUACAGAUUCCCGAGCAGUAGUAUACGGCAACGGUCUCUCACCGCAUGUAGCCGACAAUGAUGCAGAACCUGCGGUUGGCCGUCUCGAGCGACCAGACUUCCACAACCUGCAAGCGGCCGACUACCGAGCAGCCCACGCUCUGCUGAUGCUUCGCCGCGAGAGCUCUGCGAUCCUGCUGCAUCGAAGGUGGAUUCCGCCGUUCCAUGUCGACUUUGCGAAACCGCCAGCCGAUAUUCCGAACCUGCUCUUCCCACCUGAGUUGUUCAACGACCUUACGCACUCGAGCAGUUCGUGGAGGUCUGAGAAUAUUAAGCAGCGCCCGUCAAGCGUGGAAGAGGGCUUCCGUGAGAGUGAGACGGCUGCCAAAGGCAGACAUAGAUCACUACCGCGGAAAAGGACCACUUCGCGUGACAACAUCAGUCCUAGUGCCAUGUCCCGGGCAAGCCGUGGAGAUGGUGCACCCACUAAGCACACUGCAGACGAUUGUGGCAUAUGUCGAGGCGACAGUAGAAUUGCGAAGGCCAAGAGGUACAUGAGACUACCGAAGCCGAUGGUACAACCACUUGAGUCUAUUGAGUGCAGCACCUCCCACAUGCAAUGAGUGCUUACUGCUGGAGUGUGGUUGAAUGAAGUAGCUGUUCCUGUAAGGCAGCGUCUCGGAUGUUGUGCUGUAGUUGGUGCAUGAGGUUACGCGACGGUUGCUAAUGUACCCAAUGUAUCCCACAAGCA